AUGGACAAAUGGAAUCACAGUGCCACCUCUCUCACACAUUUUGUUAUUGCAGGAAUUCCUGGACUCCAAGACACAACAUCAAGAGCUACCCUAUUUGUGUUUUUUCUUGUCAUGUACAUCAUUACAGUUGCAGAGAAUUUUGUUUUCAUCAUUGUAAUAAAAUCUGACCAUGCUCUGUACUCCCCAAUGUACCUGUUUAUUUGUAACCUUGCUUUCCUAGAUGUUCUUAUUCCUUCUGUUACCAUACCACAAAUGUUGCACUAUUUAAUAACUGAGGAUGGUUCUAUUGCUUUCAUUCCAUGCAUUGCACAGAUGGCCUUGUAUCUUGCUUUUUUACUAGCAGAAGGUUUCACCUUGGUAGUCAUGUCUUAUGACAGGUACCAGGCCAUAUGCAACCCAUUGCAUUACAACAGUGUCAUGACCAUAAAGCAUGCCUUCAUGUUAUGUGCUUUAUGCUGGACAAUAGGAAGUACUUAUGCUGCCUGCUAUGUAUACACUGUAUUGAGGAUUCCAUUCUGUGAACUAAACAGAAUUGAAUAUUUUUGUUGUGAUUAUAUGGCCAUUGCAUUACUAGCUUGUGCUGAUAUCUCAAGCCAAUAUAGACUUGAUAAAAUUGUUGCCUUAAUAUUUGUUGGCAUUCAGGUUUUUCCUGUUCUGUUUUCUUAUGGAAAGAUAAUUGUUGCAGUAUUAAGAAUAACUUCUGCUGAAGGUCGAAAGAAAGCUUUCUCUACUUGUGCCAGCCAUCUUCUUGUUAUAGGUGUUUUCUACGUGGCUCUAGCCUUUGUCUUAAUUUCUUAUUCAGUAACAGGAUUUUCUGAACAAGUACGCACUUCAGCUGCAAUAGUCCAAAAUGUCAUGCCUUCUUUUGUCAAUCCAAUAAUUUACUGUGCAAAAACAAAAGAAAUCAGGGCCAGUAUUAUAAAGAUUACUAAAAGGUAUAAGUUAAGAUCAUUGUGA